AUGAGUAAACAAAAUGCACAAGUGAUCCAGUACGGGGACAGGAAAACUGAUGACUAUUCAAGUGACUCAGAUGUCUAUAGUGAUAAUAUAUCCAAAAGUGGAUCAGAAAAUUGCAGUGACUAUGAGUCAGAUACUGAGACUACUAUUAAGUCUCCAAUACCCCAACCUCUUAAAGUAGAAGAACAAGUGUCUAAUACGACAUCAUCCACAGAACAAGCGAGUCUCACAUAUCCUAAACAGCAAAAAAGAUUCGAUGAUAAAUUUACCAAAAAAAAUGUAAUAAAUAAAAUUCAUAAAAUCGUUUCUUCACCUGCCAGAGAUAUGUCGAAUAAUAAAGGAUUAUUGGAAGAUAUAUAUUUAUGGGAUUAUCUCUUACCUAAUUAUGGAGCAAAAGAAGGAAUUAGUCUGCUCGAUGCAUAUACAUGGGAGAA